AUGACUGUCCAAACGUUUCUUACUCGCCUCAACCUCCUUGGCGAGGAGCUGCAUCAGCGCGAAGAGAUCUUGGUCCUCUGGACGCAGCUACGCCUGGAUUUCCUCCGCGAUCCCGCUUUCAUCGGGCAACAUUUCGUUCCGUGGGCGCUCCAAAAUGUCCACAGCAAGACUCUAGAGCUCGUGACCAACACCUCCUACGCCGAGGAAAUCAAUAGACUACGUCCGGAAAUCGCACGUCGCUGCAAGAACGUCUGCGCUCGUUUGGAGACCACACUCGGCGUGUUUAUAUUCUGCUUCGGCACCACCAUCACAUCCUCUCGGCCUUGCCUUGACGCCCUCAACAGCCUUCAACAGUCGCACCCUGGCGUCUCUGUCUUCAAUCUCUACAGUCGCUUCCUGGAAACACCGACAGAUGGGCCUGGGCGAAAAGGCACCCAGAAGGACCUGGCCAGAAUGCGUCUCGCAAUCCAGAGUUUCAACCCCGACAUCUGGAACCGACAACAGCCCAGAGCCGCCGAGUCCCUAUCUGUCGUGCCCAAGCGCACAAAUCAACUCGAACCCGAACUCGAACUCGAACCCAAACCCGAACCGGAGCCGGAGCCCGAGUCGGAGCCGGAGCUGGGUAGAACCGCUGAGCUCCUCGCUGCUGCUCCCCUUGGACAAGAAGAGGUCGGUUUUGGCGGCUCAGACGGCGACAAGGACAGGGUGGUGAGGAAGCACCAACGCAGCAUCAGCACACAACUACACAGUCCUGUAAGAGAUGCUGCCUUUGGCCAUGGAGACUUUGACGCCGCCACUGGCGCGUACUCGGACGAGAGCCAGAACGACGAUGAUGGCAUGGACGGGGAAUGUGACGAGCUAAGCACCGACGACGAGGACUCCCUUCUGGAACUGGCAAAAACUCCCGACAACCUCCACAACGACCUAUCCACCAUCCUGGAAGAAUCUAGCUCACAACUAGCAGCCGCCAACACCUCCGCCGCCAACGCCCCCGAGCAAGGCAGGCGUAGCCAACCUCCGACGGCCUCCCCCGUCGACAGCGCUUCGUCUUUCAAGCUGCAGCCCGAACUCAACCCCGACCUAGGGGAGUUUGGUACAACUCGGGAUUCCUCGCCUAUGAAGCUGCAGAGCGAUGGCGUUGUGCUAAGGAGAUUCCGGAAAAGAUCCCUCUCAACCUCGGGACUGGGACUACUGCCAAAGUCAGGCUACCAUUCAGACUCGGAAAUAUCAGCUCAGGCUCAGCACAAGAGGAUAAUGCUAUCCUCACCAUCGCCUGAAGUAAAGACGACAAACAAGAACGUGCAGCGAACAGCGCUUGAGCCUGUCAUGGCUAGCCUCGUCACGCUUCUACCCAAGCGCUGGGUAAACGACUUAGUGAUACACACCAUCUCCCAGCGCUUCACAUCCACUAGGGUCGGGGUAAUAGACGGUCUUGUCUUGUGUGCAGCCAAAAGCGCCAGACUGCAGUUACGCCUCGGCCAGGUCGUCUGCAAGGACGAGGUGCUGAUCUUUCUCAACGAGCCCGGCCAUUGGAUAUUGUUUCGUUGGCUGCGCGCGUCAGGCGUGCUCGAAGAAUAUGACUCGUUGCGUCCGGCACACACCAAGCGUCCCGGUGCAGAACGAGUCAAGGCCUUCUUGCGAUGGGCCUGCGCCCAAGACAACAUGGCCAUUGAGCUGCGGCAAGUUGAGUGCCCCCAGCAGCGCAACGACUCCGACUGCGGCGUCUUCGCACUAUGUUUUGCUAGACGACUUGUCGACGGCGGUGAGUUGGACGACCUGGUCGACAGCGACACCGAACGCAUCUACUUUUCGCAGUGCCUUUUCACGUCUCAGAACCUUUCGCUCAAGCCGCCAGAGUUGCGGGCGAUCGGUCUGGCCGUCCCUUACGACCGGGAACUCCGCGCUCGUCAGGUUCUGGACUUUGCUCGGCGGCGGAGGACCUACCACGAUCUUCUCCGAGAUGGAUCGGCAGGCUCAGCAUUGACCGAGCACAUCAGACGUGCAGCAGCUGCCGAUGUCGACAGCCUGCAACUAGCGGGACUCGCCGCCGUGGUUUCCAGCCUCCACCAAGGUCAUGUCACAAGUCUCGCAUCCGCCUUGCAAACCGCCGCCAUGGUCGCAGCAGCCGCUGCUGAAGGAGAACACGAAAGAGAUGUCAGAGACAAGCUUCGACAAUUCCUCGAUGCACUCGGACAAGUCAAGGACCCCUUAGCCAAGGUGUCCAGCUCGUCAUCGCUGCAUAGCCAGGUGCUUCGUGGAAGCCUGGUGGCCCUACGGGAAAACGGUGUCAUUUCGCUGUCCAUGUGGGAAGCCCUCUCCCACCAACCCGAGGUCGAAACCGAGCCUCUAAGACGGAAUCUUCACGAUGAAUACGCCAUGUGCUGUGCCUACUUGGUUGUUCUCGAUUACACAGUUACCAAGUUUAGGCGGGCUAGGAUGAAAAGGGGGAUAGAAACAGGGGUGGCAUAG